GCUAUGGAGAGGAGGAGGAAGAUGGCGGGAGGGCGGCUCUGAGGAGACCUCGGCGGCGGCGGAGGAGGAGAGAAGCGCAUCGCCGCGCCGCGCCGGGGCCCAUGUGGGGAGGAGUCGGAGUCGCUGUUGCCGCCGCCGCCGCCGCCGCCUGUAACUGCUGGAUCCGAGUGGGAGUGAGGGGGAGACGGCAGGAUGAAGUUCGCCGAGCACCUCUCCGCGCACAUCACUCCCGAGUGGAGGAAGCAAUACAUCCAGUAUGAGGCUUUUAAGGAUAUGCUGUACUCAGCUCAGGACCAGGCACCUUCUGUGGAAGUUACAGAUGAGGACACAGUAAAGAGGUAUUUUGCCAAGUUUGAAGAAAAAUUUUUCCAAACCUGUGAAAAAGAACUUGCCAAAAUCAACACAUUUUAUUCAGAAAAGCUCGCAGAGGCUCAGCGCAGGUUUGCUACACUUCAGAAUGAACUUCAGUCAUCACUGGAUGCACAGAAAGAAAGCACUGGUGUUACUACACUGCGACAACGCAGAAAGCCAGUCUUCCACCUGUCCCAUGAGGAACGUGUCCAACAUAGGAAUCUUAAAGACCUUAAACUGGCCUUCAGCGAGUUCUACCUCAGUCUUAUCCUGCUGCAGAACUAUCAGAAUCUGAAUUUUACAGGGUUCCGAAAAAUCCUUAAAAAGCAUGACAAGAUCCUGGAAACAUCUCGUGGAGCAGAUUGGCGAGUGGCUCAUGUAGAAGUAGCCCCGUUUUAUACAUGCAAGAAAAUCAACCAGCUCAUCUCUGAAACUGAGGCUGUAGUGACAAAUGAACUUGAAGAUGGUGACAGACAAAAAGCUAUGAAGCGUUUACGUGUUCCCCCUUUGGGAGCUGCUCAGCCUGCACCAGCAUGGACUACUUUUAGAGUUGGCCUAUUUUGUGGAAUAUUCAUUGUACUGAAUAUUACCCUUGUGCUUGCCGCUGUAUUUAAACUUGAAACAGAUAGAAGUAUUUGGCCCUUGAUAAGAAUCUAUCGCGGUGGCUUUCUUCUGAUUGAAUUCCUUUUUCUACUGGGCAUCAACACGUAUGGUUGGAGACAGGCUGGAGUAAAUCAUGUGCUCAUCUUUGAACUUAAUCCGAGAAGCAAUUUGUCUCAUCAGCAUCUCUUUGAGAUUGCUGGAUUCCUCGGGAUAUUGUGGUGCCUGAGCCUUCUGGCAUGCUUCUUUGCUCCAGUUAGUGUCAUCCCCACAUAUGUGUACCCACUUGUCCUUUAUGGGUUUAUGGUUUUCUUUCUCAUCAACCCCACCAAAACUUUCUAUUAUAAAUCCCGGUUUUGGCUGCUUAAACUGCUGUUUCGAGUAUUUACAGCCCCCUUCCAUAAGGUAGGCUUUGCUGAUUUCUGGCUGGCCGAUCAGCUGAACAGCCUGUCAGUGAUACUGAUGGACCUGGAAUAUAUGAUCUGCUUCUACAGUUUUGAGCUCAAAUGGGAUGAAAGUGGGGGCCUGUUGCCAAAUGAUUCAGAAGAACCAGAAAUUUGCCACAAUUACUCAUACGGUGUGCGGGCUAUUGUUCAGUGCAUUCCUGCUUGGCUUCGCUUUAUCCAGUGCCUGCGCCGAUACCGAGACACAAAAAGGGCCUUUCCUCAUUUAGUUAAUGCUGGGAAAUACUCCACGACUUUCUUCACGGUGACGUUUGCAGCCCUUUACAGCACUCACAAAGAACGAGGUCACUCAGACACCGUAGUGUUCUUUUACCUGUGGAUCGUCUUUUGUAUCAUCAGUUCCUGUUACACCCUCAUCUGGGAUCUGAAGAUGGACUGGGGUCUUUUUGAUAAGAAUGCAGGAGAAAACACUUUCCUCCGGGAAGAGAUUGUAUACCCCCAAAAAGCCUAUUAUUACUGUGCCAUCAUAGAGGAUGUGAUCCUGCGCUUUGCUUGGACUAUCCAAAUCUCAAUUACCUCCAUGACUUUGUUGCCUCAUUCUAGGGACAUCAUUGCUACUGUCUUUGCUCCCCUUGAGGUUUUCCGGCGAUUUGUGUGGAACUUCUUCCGCCUGGAGAAUGAACAUCUGAAUAACUGUGGUGAAUUCCGUGCUGUGAGGGACAUCUCUGUGGCCCCUCUGAAUGCAGAUGAUCAGACGCUUCUAGAGCAGAUGAUGGACCAGGAAGACGGGGUACGAAACCGCCAGAAGAAUCGGCCAUGGAAGUACAGCCAGAGCAUAUCCCUGCGCCGGCCUCGCCUUGCUUCUCAAUCCAAGGCUCGUGACACUAAGGUAUUGAUAGAAGACACAGAUGAUGAAGCUAACACUUGAAUCCUCUGAAGUCUAGAUUAACAUCCUUGGUUUUCCUACUCUACAGUUCUUUCCUCGACCAACGCAACCUCUAGUACCUUUCCAGCCGAAAACAGGAGAAGACAUAUAACACAUUUUCCGAGCUCUUCCAGAUCGGAUCCUAUGGACUCCAAACAAGCUCACUGUGUUUCUUUUCUUUUCUUCUGGUUUAAUUUUCAUUUUCUACUUUUAAAACAAAUAUUUACUUCAUUUUGCCAAUCAGAGGACAUUUUAAGGAACAAAAACAUAGUAUCUUAUGGAUUGUUUACAAUCACAAGGACACAGAUACCUGUCAGGAUGAAGAACAAGCAUUGCAAGGACCCUCUGAUGGGACGGUACCGAGAUAUCUCGGCUUCCGCUUGGCCCGGUUUUGACUGGUUGAAACCGGACAUUGGUUUUUAAAUUUUUUGUCUGUUUAUGUGGAGAAUUUUUUCCUUUCCUUCAUACCCAGCGCAAAAGCACUGGCCGCACUUGCAGGGAAAGUGCAACUUAGAGCAGUACCUUCAUUCACGAAGCUACUUUUUAAUUUGAUGUAACUUUUCUUAUUUUGGGGAGGGUUGCUGGGUGGGUGGGAAAUAUGAUGUAUUUGUUACAUAUGGUUUUCUCAUUAUUUAUGAAACUUAACCAUAAAAGAAUGAUAUAACUCCUGUACAAUGAAGGUGAUAACAGUGAAAGAAGACAGGGGAAACUAAUGUUGGACAGCAUUUAUGAGGGUUUAGUCCACAAUACCUCUUUCAUGAGACAACUUGCACCAGUUUGACUUUUUCUUUCCUUUCUUUUUAAUUUUAAGCCAAAGUUUUAUUACUGAUUUCUUACGUUGCUGCUGCUUUAGAAUCCUGAGCAUGUCUCUCAUAACAAAGCAUCCACACACUUCCACACAACCAGUUGAAAUUUCUUUAAGAGCUCUGAUACUUUUUUCUUUAAAGGAACAGAUGUGGAAUACAUUUGCCCAUAUUCCAACCGUAACAACUGAAGUUAUGCCUUAUUAAGCUUCAGCAUGCAGGGUAAUUGAAGUACAGCCUUUACUAACUCAGAAUUAGAAGACAGAGCUAUUUCAGAGACUCUCUACACCCUCAUUGGAUAGUUUUUCUUAUCGGCCCUCUUACUUUAGCCAGAAUUUGAUCAAAUUCAAAGUCUGUCUUGGGGAAACCAUGCUUUUGAGAGCAUAGAACAAAUUAUCCUUCCUCUUUUACAUUACAGUGAUAAAACAGACCUUAGCAGCCAUUUCUCCCAGCAGUUUUUUUUUGUUUUUUGUUUGUUUGUUUGUUUUUUUGUGGUACGCGGGCCUCUCAUUGUUGUGGCCUCUCCCGUUGCGGAGCACAGGCUCCAGACGCGCAGGCUCAGCGGCCAUGGCUCACAGGCUCGGCCGCUCCACGGCAUGUGGGAUCUUCCCGGACCAGGGCACGAACCUGUGUCCCCUGUAUCGGCAGGCAGACUCUCAACCACUGCGCCACCAGGGAAGCCCUCUCCCAGCAGUUUUAAAGGAUGAACAUUGGAUUUCAUGCCCCUCCUAUGAUAGAAAAACUGCUUUUAAAAUUUGGGGGUCUUGAACUUGGUUAUACACAAAAAGUAUUUCUUAGAAAUUUCAGACUAUCAUGGUCUGUACAUAAUGCUCAUUUUCACUUCUUUGUCUAAUUUCUUUCCUAUUUCCUAAGUCAUCCAGAUAAGCCCAAAAGCCAUAAGGGAUUUUACUUUCUUGAAUGUGGUUGGCAUUAAAUUUAGUAUUAUCACUUAGUAUUAAAAACAUGGUUACUACCCCUUAGUAUACCCUUUUGUCAUCAGCUCUUCUCCCAUGUAUCACAAGUCUUUACUCAUCCCUGUCGUAAUUCCAGUAGAUUAAUUAAAGUUCCUGUUACUACCAAAAUUCUGCCAAUUAACUGACAAAUAGUUUCUUUUUAAAGGAGGUUUUCUUUUUUUCAUCUUUAUUCUUACAAGUUCCCCAAAUCUGUUCCCUUCCUGAAUCGAGAUUUUUUUUUUUUUCCUGAAAAAUCAUAAAACUUUGUGGCCUUUAUUGUUUUUUUUGUUUUGCCAAGCAUGUUCCUUGGCCCAAAACUGAAGAAGAGAAGUUUAAUUUGGGUUUUUUUUUUUUUUUAGUUUAAAUAAAUUGAAUCAUUUAUGAUAAUCAAUGGUAACAAUUUAGUGACCCUUAAUAGUUUAAAGGUCACAUUAUUUAUACUUGGGAUUUUUUUCUAACUAUUCUGGUUUUGUACUUUAAAACUAUGGGGGAAAUAUCACUGGUCUGUCAAAAAGUAGCAGUAAUUAUUCCUGAAAUACAUAGAUAAGUCCAGUGGACCAGUCAUUUCCUGUACAAAUAAAAUUGGUGGUACUAAUGUGUAUCCAGAGCAAUUUGAGUUGUCAACUUCAUUCUUACUAGUAAACCUAUAUAGUGACACACAAAAUCUUACAGUUGACUGCUGGUAUUUGAAUUCUCCAGUGUUUUUACUUCAGUGUAUCCUACGACCAAUUUGGUCUUUCUUCAACUAUUAUGAUUCUAGGCCCUAAUCAGUAUUAUUUUUUUCAUAGGUAAUACAAUGUUAGAAUGUAUUAUUUUUCUGAUGUUCAUCCUAUCAGCAUAGUCUAUUCAAGAAUGAUAAGGCUUAUGUAACUUUCAACUUACUAUGACAGUUACUCAAAUAUGUAUUUAAACACAACAGCUUUAUGUUCCUCCUAAAGCUGUAAAGAGAAAAGAGGGCUUUUCCUCAUCAGGAGAAAAUGGUUUGGGAGACAGAAUAUAUAUUUAAUUUUUUUUCUCCGAAAAAGGCAUUGUGCAUUUUUCUCUUCUAAGUUCUAUAUGCCCUAGCCGUUGUGAAUGCUAUAUCCUACCUAAAAUUUUAUUGGAGCUUCUUGUACGCUGAAACUCUCAACAGAACUCUUAGGAAAUGAAUGUCACAGAGUCAUUUUAAAGGAGCAGCAAUCUAACCAAAGGUAAAACUUCAUCUGAUUUUAGGUUUAGAAAUUCUAGCUUUAUUUUAUUUGAGAAUCACUCAAUUUGAUAUCAGUGAAAAUACUCCCCAAAUUAAUGAAAAGGAAAUAUAAAAAACGAAUAAAAUUCCUUUUUCAUUUUAUGAAAGAAAGUAUGGAAAGCAUUGAUUUGUGUAGAGAAAGUAAAAGACAAAAGUGGCUUAUUUUCUAUGCACAAAUAUGCACCUAUUAUUAAGGCUGCCUGUACUAUUAAAAUGGAGUCAUUGAGGAGGAUUUCAUACCAAUACAGAGAGACAAUAAAAUGAUCAAACAUUAAGUCAUCAUUAGGUUAUAAUAGUUAUUUCUAAGAUUGGAAAGAUGUUGAAAACCUAUGUGCAUCUUUCUUUUCUGGCAUCAGCCAUUUUUCUCCUUAAGAAACCUGCUUAACUUCAAAUUCAGAAGCAAUGAUGUGAGAGGAGAAUGCCAAUCACCUCAGCAGUAACAUGUAUGAACCCUUAAAGAAGGAAAAUGGAGCCCAGCCCCUAGGAUUUGUGGCAUCCCAAUAUUCUCAACAUAAAAGUUCUAAGAUUUUAACAGAUUUUACUAGAAGUAACUUGUUGCUAUAUGGUAUCCUUCUACCAUGAUUUGACCAAAGUACAGUCAUGAUAACUAGAGAAAGCAGUUCAUCCUUUCUUAACUAAGGCAAGUUAAGAAUAGAAAAAAGUAGCCUAUUACUGAGCAUACAGGCAUCAGAUUAACAGACAUUUAGUUGAAGAGAAAUAAAAUAAUUGUGGAGAUAGCAGAGAAGAGCAAAAGGAUGUUGGACCUUGGCAGCAGGGCAGUUAGGAAAGUAUAUGAGCUUGAUGGCAUGGAGGUGACAAUGCCUUGCCGUCUCUCCUUUCAGUGGUUAUACAGCUGGUAAGAGACCUGCCUGUGUUUCCCUACCAUCUUUCUCCACUACUUUGCUUUAUUCAGGAAAUAGUUCUUUAUGCCCAAGUGCAAUUUUCUAAGCAAUGACUAGAAAAAUUUCUUAGUCUAAGAAAAGUAAUUUAGAAAAUAACUCUAUCCAUGGCAUUAUUUUAUUCAAAAACUUAGGUUUCUCUGAAGUGAUUGCACUUUAUUUGGUAAACGAAUUUCAGAUUAUUGUUUUCUGUAAUAGUUUGCAUGAAAUUUUCUAGCCCAAAAAAAUAAGUACUUCUUGCUAUACAACAUUGAAAUUUUUAACAUUAAGAUAGCUUCUCAGAUUGAAAAAAGUUAUGUUGAAUCUAAGGCUUUCUCAACUACAAAAUCCCCAUACUUUUAACAAAUCUAAUUUUAAAAGCCAACAAUAAAUAAGACCAGUGUCACUAGGUUAAGACAGUAAAAGUUCUAGUAGAACUUCAGGAAAAGUUAGGUAAAGAGGAGUAAAUCAAAUUUAUGAGCUUAAUUCAUUUUAUGACACAUCUAACUUUUAUUUCUUGCUUUGGAUGAUUAGCUGAAACAAGGAAAAUUAAAGACAUUUUGUAAAUAACUUAAACACACUUCAUUUCUGCAUUUCAGGUAUCAGUCUUGAUAGUAAAUCUUAAAAGCUAACCCUCUGCAUUGUAUUUUCAGUCUAUACAAUGUCAGAGCACAGUGGUAAUGUGGGAUAGAGUUGAUUAUAUUAGAGCAUAAGAAAUUUGUGCUGGCCAAUGCUACAAACCAUUAAUUCAACCAGCAUUAAGCCACACUACUCACCAAAUAUGGAAAAGUAAAAGCAUUUCAUUAGAUUUGGAAGAGCUUAGUUUAAAUGAUAUGAGAAGUUUGCCUGGGAAUGGAGAGGAGCCUGCUGAUGGGAAUGGCUCAUAAUGCCUUUCUGGUAUGAAUUAGAAAAACUCUGAUAUUGAGUUGCCCCUUAAAAACAACCUUCCAGAAUGAAUUUGCUUACUCACUGUGGAAGAGGAAGUCAGAGGGACAAGAUGAGAGUUUCCCCUGAAGAGAAGAAAAUCAUUAUACUGCUUUUCAUCUAAAGCAUGUUUCCUUGUAGCAGACCUUUGGUUCAUUUUAUUAUUAAAUCAAAGUCACCUUCAGUUUUGUUUGUUUGUUUUUGUUUUUUUAUGGUGCCAUCAACCUAAGGAGGACAAUCAAAUAACCAACUGUUUGCCUUGGAUUCAGUGUGUCUGCUAAUUACACAGUCUUAUCUUGUAUACCUUGUAUACCUUCAAACCAGUUACUUCUACCAUAUUACCUUAGUUCUUCCUAUGCCCUUUCCUCUGUACCAUCACACAUCAGAGGGAAGACUUACUACCAGAACAAUGUGGACUCCUACAAAAGCGAGGAUUCCAUCUCACUAUCCCUUCAUCAUUAUCUCUGAAGUCCCUACCCACACUUCCCUGAUUGUCCUGUAGCAACACCAGCGUGAUGGGAAUAGGGAGGAAGAUUGUGGGGAAUCCUGAAUGAUCAUGAUGAUGUUAUUCUUUUGAACUGUAAAGUGAAAUUGUGAGCCACUCACGUUUGCAAAAAGAGCAGAACUCUUAAGCUUUAUCACAUUGUGAAGAUUAAUAUCUUGCUGUUUUCCAGAUUAACACAGAAGCUUGUAUCCAUGAAGAGUAUUUAGGAGGGCAAUAGGGUGUAAAAGGUACCUAUCUUUUUGAAUCCUCUCCCUCUACUUAUGUUUCCUUCACCACCCCCACCAUGUUGUGUUGGUCAAAUGAUACUAUUCUAUGAAACUCUGAACUAUAGUUGUCAAAAGUAACUAUGGAAUGUGAUUAGUCCUCUGUGGGUGCUGCUUUCCCUCUUUUUUCUCCCUUGCUUUCUUUCUUACUCUCUCCACUCUGGUAAAUGGAAAAGGUGACGUCAAAGAAUUGAUGCUUGCUUGAACUCAUGUUGUAUCUGUGACUAUGCUAUUACCUGUCUCCUUUUUCCUUCUUUCUUACAUGGGUAGAAUUCUUACGAAGUGUGGAGUUCCCUUCUUGAAAGUAGGUUAAAUGCACAAUGUGGUACUGUUUUAUAGUUUGUAGAUGGUUGUAUAAAACAAAAAGUUAAUGUGGUUAUGUGUUUUUAAAAGAAAACAAGUGAUUGGUUAAAAAAACUCUGUCCUUUUUUCAUUAUUACAAGCUUUCUCUGUUUUCCAA